UCCUGCAGUUAAACUGGAUUUAACAACAGUGUCCGGCUCUGCCCUCGAAUGAAGAGGAAGAUAAUCGAUUUAUUUUGAUCUUCUUGGUUUGGACAGGAGUAGCCUAAUAUCAUGCCAGUGAAAGCCAACAUUUUUAUGUGGGCCGUUUACACAGCGGAACCUCGUUUACAUGCUGAUUAAUUUUAGUUCAAUAUGUCUUUAUCUGCAUCUACAACUAUCCCACCUGCGCUGACAGCGGAUCAGCUAACGGUCAUCGUGGCCUCCGUGUCCUGCCUGGUGUUCUUCCUAGUGAUUCUCGUGCUCCUGGUGGUCUUGUACAGGAAAGACCCGUUCUGCUGCAGGGUGUCGAACUACCAGGCCAACCAGCGCUGUACAGAUGCUCCACCCCAGUACAACAGAAGACAGUCUCUAGUGGUGUCUCCCUACAAUGAACAUACUGCUGCCGUGGCCCACGGAAACAUUGGAUCCCAGCUUCCAGGGAGGCUGUUUAUCAUCGGUAAGCCCAGCAGCUAUCACCUGGACGGGAUCCUGCCCCGCCUUCCGUCCUACGAGAGCGUCCGUAAGAAGGACCGUCAGAGACAGAUCCACUCUAUGAUAGCCGACCGCUUUGGUAUCAGCCCCACACAGUCUGAAACGGAGCCUCCUCCGACGUACGAGGAGACUCUUCGCCAGUCCAUGAUCAUCUCCUCUGAAGACCUUCAGUGUGUUGAGGCACUUCCCUCAGAACUCCCUCUCUCCACCUGUAACUCCAGCCUUGAACACACAGUGACAGUAGAUGCAGGCCCGUCACCCUACCGCCCUAUUCAGAGCCCGACCCGGGAACCCGUCUCUGUCUAGACCAGGAGUUAUUUGAGGGUCGGAACACUCCUGGUUUUCAACUUCGCAUUUUUAACUAGAGACUCGUGUCUCUACCCUUUGCAAGAGAAAAGAAGACAAAAUCAACAAAGAAAGAGACAUUGUCAUGAUAAUGCAUGAGUCAGUUUUACUCAAGAGUUUGUCCUCCUGAGACUAACGCUCUCAACUCUUGACUGUCGUCUGUUGGUGUAGUGAGUGGUUUUAACAUGACUGUAUGCUGUACAUGGCUUGAUAUCCUUCCACUGGCAAUGAUAUCCUUUAUCAGCUAAAUAAUCAAAUCAGCCUACAUUUCAAACUCUAGACAUGCUCGGGUGUGUGGAAAAGAAGAUGUCCGCACCUCACAAGCAGACAUAUUAUGCUUCAUCACAACAUCCAAUGUCGUAGACAACCACAAAACAAGGACAUUGUUUCGGGUUGAACGUGUUAAUGAAAAAUCUAAAUCUCCUUGUUUUCAAAAGAACACCGAGCUAUGAAUACCCAGCUACCUGACAUGUGAUGAGGACGGCUGGUGAGUGUAGGGCCAGACCAGAGAGCUGUUGUGGUUGAACACAUCACUAAUUAUUAACACUACUGAAGGCAGACAAUGCCUAUGUUCCAAAUGGCACCCUAAUCCCCAUGUAGUGCACUACGUAGGAAACAGGGUCCCAUUUGAGAGACAAUCAAAGUGUGUUCACUCAGGGACAGUUGACCAGGGACCAUUUGUCUUAACCCAGGUCAAACUAACUAUGCACAGAGAAACUCACCAUGACCCUGACGUUCCGUAUUUUUUGAAACUGCACUGUUGGUUAGGGGCUCGUAAGUAAGCGUUUCACUGCAAGGUCUACUACACCUGUUGUACUCAGCGCAUGUGACUAUUAACAUUUGAUUUGAUUUACUUCCUGGGCAAAACUGGAAUGGGUUUGUCAAUGUGUUUAGACUGAGAUGCAGUAUGUAACUAUGCAAAACAUUCAUAUUAUGUGUGACCCAAAUCAAACAAAAAAACAUGUGAAAGUAAUAGUUAAAUAGCUGAACCAAAAAGGGUCAAAUAGGUGAACUAAAGUAGAUAUAAAUGACCUAUCCGCUUAAAAAAAAAAAAGGUUUACUCUAACUACGUUUCCAUACAGUUUGUAUGCGAGUAAAGUCAUACCUUUGUUAAAUUGAAUCACGACAGCUGUGAUGGAAACAAGAAGUUUCAAUACAAUUCUAAAUGCGGACAGAACAUUUGUCCGUUCGACAUGGUGGGAUCUUUUUGUGUCUGUAAAAUGUGUUACGCGAGAAAUGGUGGUGGAAACUCGUUUAUGCACAAAUAUUGAUAUAACAACCAUGUCGAAGUACACUUGGAGUCACGCGAUGACAUGGUGUGUGUGUGCUCCUCCCACUACAACUGGGGAAUCCAUGUCGUUUAUUAGAAUAUAGAUUAAAUAAAUUAUGAACUUCACAGGGUGGUGAAAGUGCACAGUGAUCUUGAUGCUCUUUUCCAAUAAAUAUUGAGUGUCUUA